CAUGAACCAUGAUAGGUAUACAGAUAAAAUUUUCACAGAUUCCACGUAUUUCUGUUUCUUUAACCAAUAUUAGGAUGGGUAAUUUCUUUUAACCAGUUUUCUAUAAUUGCUUUUUUUCAUACAUUAUUUUCGCAUGGCAACUAAAAUCAAUGGGAAGUCGUCGCACUAAAAAAUCAAAUCGAUUACUUCACACUGAUAAGAAACAGCAUCUCUUGAUCUUUAAAGAAUCUAGUUCACAUUAGAUAGAGGUUAUCAAAAAUAUUCGAGAUUAAUUUACAUACUGAUGCUGUUAAGGAAACGUUGAAUGAACGCGAAUCAAAUUAAAUGAUACCAAAUAUUCUACAAUUAUAAUAAAUUCAGCUCAGAUUACCUUGCGACGGAAAUUGACCAUCAUCGCCAUAAUUCGUUAUAAAAUUUGAUUUAUAAAUUUUAACAACAAACAGUAGCGCUGUAAUUCGAUACAAAGCUAUAAAUUCUCGAAAAAAAAAUACGUACAUAAUAAUGUAAUAAAAUAUUUGAUAUCCAAUUUAAGAAUCGAUUCGUUCCCAAUCGGUUUGUAUUCGGAUUCGAUUGGAAUUCCUUACGCGGCUGUAUCAACAAUGUGUCUGUCACAUGCAUCACUGCUACAAGCCCACCCGAAUACUUAGUAAUCGAUUAGUUAAAACGAUUCUCGAAUAAUUCGAAAAAUACUACAUAGGUUCGCUUUAUCGAUUCGAUCUACUCUCGUUAAAUAUCAUUAAAGCCCCCGACUCGAUUUAUUACUAAUCGAUAAACGUGAAUUAUUUGUUUUCGUGUAGAUUUUUGUGAUCUGUUGGCUGUUUAAAUAUUUUAUUGAAAUAAUCCUUUGUUAAUUACGUUCUAGAUUAUAUCGGAUUUAUUUAGGUAGCUUCUAUUAAACAUAAAUACAACGCGCCGGAAUUCUUCUACAAGAAUCGAGUGACGAUUUAGGCCUAGAUACGGAAAGUUAUAAACAUAUCGUUAUCAAAAAACAUUAUUUUUAUUCCACAGUUUUUAGUUUUCCAGAUUUACACAGAGAAGUAUUUUUAAAUUACUUCUAGAUCAAAUAAGUUCAGUACCCCUAGCACGAACAUCUUGCGAAAAAGUAUUCGUAUCGUUAACGUGAGCGUUUUGUAUGGAAACAUAAACAGCGCCUCUAGUGUGCGUAAUAUGAACUAAAUUUGUGAGCACGAACAUAAGUCAAGUAAGUUUCGUAUCGUAUUCGUAACGUAACUAUCGUAACCUUGAGUCGUUUGUAUGGAGAUAGGAAGCACGAAGGUAUAAAUUGACGUAUCGUAUCGUGAUUGUCGAAGGCUGGCUUGCGAGUUUUACGAAAGUUUAUUCACUUUAAAUUUGACAGUGACAAAACUUUCGUCAGAGUUUCUUGGAAGAUUUAAAUAGUAAUUAAGUGAUUGUGUGACCGAAUUUUGCUGAAAAAUGCUUAGAUUAACAAGAAGCACCCAUCGACGUAGCACGUUGUACCAUUAUCUUGCGGCGCGAUUGAUUGUUGAAAGUGGAAAUGUACGAAGAGAAACUAGAGAAAUCUCGAGGAGAGCUCUCCUCAGAAAAAAUAUAGCCAAUAUUAACGUGCAAUAUCUAAGCGAUACAGAAUUUAGAAAUAGAUUUCGUCUCAGUAAGGGAGCAUUUUUGCAUUUAUGUCGCGAAUUAAGGGUCAAAUCUAGUCUAAGACCAAGUAAAAGGAUCAGCCUGGAACAUAAAGUACUGUGUGCUUUAUCAUUUUAUGCUACAGGCUCCUACCAAAGAAUAGUAGGAAUGGCUAAAUGUUUAGGGCAAACCACAGUUAGUAAAUAUGUGAGACAGGUUACUGACGCCCUUGUAACCCCCUCAAUAUUAAAUUACUUUAUAAAAUUUCCUGCGACGCUAGAGCAGCGUAAUAUUAUAAAAAACAAAUUUUAUACAAAAUUUGGCAUCCCUGGAGUAAUAGGAUGCAUAGAUGGGUCUCAUUUUCAUAUAUUCACUCCAAAAAGAGACAUUGAGCAUUUAUUUUAUUGCAGAAAGCAUUUCUACUCACUGAAUGUGCAAAUGAUAUGUGACAGUGAAUGCCGAAUUAUUAAUGUUAAUGCAAAAUAUGGAGGUGCUACCCACGACGCAUUUAUUUGGGAAAAUAGUCAAGCCAAUAGAUAUAUCCAGGACAUAAAUAAAAAUAAUGAACAAGUUUGGUUUUUAGGUGAUUCUGGAUAUCCACAGAGGCCUUGGAUGAUGACACCAAUCCCAGAUGCUGCUGAAGGUACGCCAGAGGCAAAAUAUAAUACCAUCCAUGGGAAAGCCAGAGUUGUAAUAGAAAAUACAUUUGGUAGACUUAAAAAUAGGUGGAGAUGCCUUUGUAAGGACCGGACAUUACACUACACCCCCGAAAGAUGUGCAACUAUAAUUAUGGCAUGUAGCGUUCUACACAACUUAGCGAUAGAUUUUAUGGUGCCCGAUCCUGAAGAAGAUGUCAUAGAUUCUUUAGAAUUAGGAAUAUCAGCAGUUUCUUCAGAAGAACCUCUUCGCGAUCAUGGUUCUAGAGAUGAUUUGAUUCGCGGUAGAACACUACGACAAAUAUUAGUGGAUAGAAUCAAUAGACUACACAUUGUUAAUAAUUAAAUUAAUUUUCCAUUUUUUUUCUAGGUUUUGUGUUACCAUGUGUCAUAAGAGAAUAACUCUAUGAGAACUCUGUCUGUAUUUUUUUUCUUUAUUUGUAAUUUUAAACUCAUUGCACAGAGUGUUAGGUCUUAGCUAAUUGUUUUUUAUUUGUAUUUUCGUGUUGUUACUUUUAAGCUCUAUAUUGUAUUUUAUAGAAAGGUGUUGUCGCUAAGAGACUGUACAUGUGCUGUUAUUUUAAUUUGAAUUUUUGACGGUCAUAAAGAGCUGUUUUGCAGACAAGUUUUAGUAAAUGGUUUUUGAAUGUAGAAAUGGUUUUUCUUUUGUGAUAAAAU